GUUAGAGUUGCUGUUCUGAGUUGCCCAGUAAUAUACCCCCUUCACCUCCUCCCCCUCCAUUCCCGCCCAUCUCAAAAGCGUAUCCACGCUCUCUCCAGCCUCCCCGCUCUCUAACAAGGCCUACAUCUUCGCUUUCAACCUGUAGCUUGUGGCGCCUUGCGUGUUUCUGAGAAACACAGUCGCUUUUCUUUACAUCUGGCUUAGCGUCCACGUACACCUGUCUCUUUGGACGGCGAACUGGUCUAUGCUGUCCGCUCCUUCUCCAUCCCCACUCUUGUUCCCAUCACCGAUACUUCGCAUUCGACCAACCCACUUUUGAUCAUCAUAAACCACCAAAUCACCAACCAUGACCGUCAUACAACAACGUAGAAAUCUCGACCAUCGUGCAAUAGCCGCCAUACCCUCCGUCUCCGUUACCAAUGGCCUCAUUGGUACCGCCACCGCCGGCCAAGCCGACCCCAACGCCACUGGUCUCCUCGACAAUACCGUCGCUGCUCAAACACCCACGUCCACGCCCGACCUCCCUGUCGCCACCAGCGCCAUCAUCCAACCCGACCCCUCUGCCAUCGCUGCCCCUUCAACAACACCCUCGGCGACACCCAGCAGUAGCAGCGGCAACGAUGCCUCCUUAGGCACUUUGAUUGCCGCCUGCGUUGGUGCCGGUGUCGGCGUCAUCCUCCUCGUCCUCAUUGCAGUCUGGUACAGCCGCCGUCUCUCCCGCCAGGCCAAGAAGCCCGGGCGGCCGAAUACGAAGAAGCGCCGCUCGUCGUGGGGCAACCUGAGCGAGGAGUACCACGACGACAAGUGGGAGGGCAUGCAGGGGCAGGGGCAGGGGCAGGGGCGGGGCCAGCGGCGCUCGGAGCGCCAGCCGUCGACGUCGCUCGCGAAGCGCGCGUCACUGGGCUCAGUCGCGAAGCUCGGUGCGAUGUUCCACCGCUCGCCGAGCGUGACGUCGUGCGAGAAGUCGUCCGAGGGCCACGGCGCGGAGAGCGUCGGCACGAUGCACCACUUUGCGCAGUACCACCCCGGGCUCGCGCAGGAGCUCGCGGGCGCGUCGUCGUCCAAGACGCCGUCGCCGCCGCCGAUCAUGCGCAAUGUCGCGGGUGGGGGCGCGGCGAUGUCGUGGGAGGGCCGCAGCAACACCGUCGGGAGCGACUCGUUCCUCUCGCUCAAGCACGGGUCGCACAUCGACCUGUCGCCCGUCGUGUCGAUGGCCAAGUCGACGCCGCCCGUGUCGGACGUGGGCAGCACGACGCACUAUUGGGAGUCGGCCGAGGUGAUACACCCCGAGACGGCGUCGCUCGAGCCGCACCUCCAGAACCCCUUCGACGACACCGCGUCGACGACCAUGUCCAUGUCGACUGCCACCUCCUCAACGCCCAUCAUCAAGAGCGGUGGCGGCGGCAACCCGUUUUUCGCCGCGCAGGAGCGGCAGACGGCGAACCCCUUCUCGGACACGUACGCCGCGCCCAAGCCAAUGUCCAUCAACGUAGAACCACCACGCGCGCCCGAGCCCGCAGCGACGGCGAGGAGGGAAAAGUCGGACACGGUCGUGGCCGCGCACAACCCGAGCGGCUCGCGCGACCACGCGAUGCAGUCGCUGCUCGCCGCGCUCGACAUCCCCGAGUCCGAGGUGCGCGACCGCCUCCGGAUCGCGUCGAUGCAGUCCGGCAUCUCUGGUCUGUCCUAUCUCUCCGAGGACGGCGCGAGCGUGUCUGGGUUCCCGCUCCCGCCGACGCAGGUGCCCCGGCCGUGAUCGUGAUGAGCCUGAGCUCGAUACGUGUGCCGUUGGCGUUGUCGAGGGCGAUGUGCUGUUGCAUAGUUUAAGAGAAAUAUUUAUCGCCUAUUAUACCUUACGCGUAUAACCCUGCCUACCAUCUUGCCCUUUAAACCGCGACCGCGACCUCCUUCACACUCCAACGUCUUUUCUUCUUCUUCCUCUUCUUCACCCCUUUCGUCGACCGCAGAGUCACUUGACUACUUUGCCCUUGUCUUUGGUCCGCUCGACACAUACAUACCUCCCAUAACCCUUCGAUCCGGCAUCGGCCUGGCUUGUUUCUGGAGUUACAAUCACAGCCGCACCCGCAGCUACGUUGCAGCACCAGUACAUCCACACGCGCACUGGCACUGGCAUGCAUUGCACCUCCCCCGCCCACCCCAUGUCGCUCGUUACCGCCCGCCCUGUCGUUACACAUCUGUAUUAUGUAGCGUCGAUGAUCCACCAUGCGCACGUUGUUUGCACCCGUAAUCCCAUC